UGCUCACUCUUCCUCCUAUCUCUACCAAAACCCUGUACUUCCCUGUUUCUUCUUCUGUGGGUACUUCCCUCCUGAACCCUAGAAGUAGAAGCUGCUCUUAACUCAAACCUCUCAAAGCCUUCUCUCUAGUCCUACUUUAUCAACAUCAAUUGCACCCUUCUCUCUCAGUCUCCAUCGUUCCAUCCAAACAGUUCUUUGGGAACUCAAAUCAGUUUUUCUCAUUCUUCCUUCUUCUCUCUAGAAACGAGAGAAGGCCCAGAGGAGAAAGAAGACGAAAUGCAUCCAUUUUUUAAGUAAAAGAACCAGCAUUGCCCCGUUUGUUUAGUUCUUUUUAGGUUUUUUCUAUUCCUUCCUUUUGCGUGGCCCGAGAAGAAGAGGAAAGUCGGCCUUUUUUUUUCUUUUUGUUCUCCGUGUCCUCUUCUCUUUCUUUCUCCAGUGGAAAGGGGAAGGAGAAGAAAGGGGAAUGGGGGGAUUGGAGAGAACCAGUAUCAGCAUGGAGACCACCUGUGGUGCUUUGCUCAGAGAGCUCGAGCAAAUAUGGGCAGAGAUUGGGGUGAGCGAAGAUGAGAAAGACCGCAUGUUAUUGGAGUUGGAGAGGGAGUGCAUGCAAGUGUACACGAGGAAGGUCGAUGAAGCGAGCAGCUCAAGGGCACGGCUCCAUCAGUCAUUGGUUGCAAAGGAAGCAGAACUUGCAGCUCUGGUUGUCUCCCUUGGUGAACACAGCCUCCAAUUGAAGAUGGAGAAACAAACAUCGUUAAGGGAGCAGCUCGCUUCAGUUACACCCCUUUUGGAAGAAUUACAAGUAAAGAAGGGGGAACGGGUCAAACAAUUUGCUGAGUUGCAAUCACAGAUUGAGAAGAUCAGUGCAGAGAUUACAGGCUAUAGUCAUCGGUCUGAUGCUCUAAAUCAUCCCUUUACUGUGGAAGAACAUGAUUUGUCAAUCACAAAGCUUACUGAAUAUCAGACACAGCUACGGAGCCUCCAAAAAGAAAAGUCUGAUCGCCUUCAUAAGGUUCUCGAGUAUGUAAAUGAAGUGCACUCUUUGUGUGGUGUGCUUGGAGUGGAUUUUAGGAAGACAGUGGAUGAAGUACACCCCAGUUUGCAUGAGACUGGUUCAGAGCAAUCCACAAACAUCAGUGAUAACACCCUGGAGGGUCUAUCUCAAGCCAUCCUGAAGCUAAAAACAGAAAAGAAGAUACGAAUACAAAAGUUGCGAGAAACGGUGGAAUCACUCUUUGAACUGUGGAAUCUGAUGGAUUCGUCUGAGGAAGAGAGGAGACGCUUUGGAAAAGUAACAAGCAUUCUCGGAUCAUCAGAAAGCAACGUUACAUAUUCUGGAAUACUGUCACUUGAGACAAUCAAGCAGAUGGAAGCUGAGGUUGCGAGGUUGACAAAACUAAAAUCCAGCAGAAUGAAAGAACUUGUUCUUAAGAGGAGAUAUGAACUAGAAGAUAUAUGUAGAAGCGCACAUAUUGAACUCGAUACGAGCACCGCACCAGAGAAGUCCAUGGCAUUGAUAGACUCUGGUCUUGUGGAUCCUUCUGAACUUCUGGCAAAUGUUGAGGCACAAAUCAUGAAAGCAAAAGAAGAAUCUAUGAUAAGAAAAGAAAUCAUGGACAGAGUAAAAAAAUGGCUAGCAGCUUGUGAGGAAGAAAGUUGGCUAGAAGAAUACAAUCAGGAUGAGAACAGGUACGGUGCUCUAAGAGGCGCCCACUUGAAUCUAAAACGAGCGGAGAAGGCCCGGGUGAUGAUUAGCAAAAUCCCAGCUAUUGUCGACAAUCUAAUAAGCAGAACAUUUGCCUGGGAGGAUGAACAAAAUAUGCCUUUUCUAUAUGAUGGGGUUCGUUUGAUUUCUAUUCUGGAAGAGUACAAGCUUACUAGACAACAAAGGGAAGAGGAAAAAAGACGAUAUCGGGAUCAGAAGAAGUUACAAAAUUUACUUACUGAAAAGGAAGUAGUGUAUGCAUCCAAACCUAGUCCAAGAAGGAGCAACAGUUUUAACAGGAAAAUAAAUGGGUAUCAUGCAAAUGGAAAUGGAAAUGGCUUUAUGACUCCCACAUCACUGCGAUUUUCUGUUGGCAGUGCAACUCCUGGGCUCCUCACACCACGAUCGUAUUCUGGCCAGCACAAUGGGUAUUUCAAGGAGAUGAGACGGUUGUCAACUGCACCUUUGAACUUUGUUGCUAUAUCUAAAGAGGAUGCUACAUCUUCAUUUGCAUCAAUCAGUGGUUCAGAACCAGGGUCACCACGUCUGGGUUAAUGCCACAUUUAAAUUGAUAGAAUCAUAUCAGAGCAAACUGGAGUUGGUGAAGCACCAAAGCAGCACUUGUACGAGUGGAUGUAUACUAGUGUGUUGAUGUGUAUCUCUGCUUAGGCUUUGGAUUAGGAAACUAUGGAUAGUCUAGAUGCGAUUUGAGGUAGCAUUCGACGAAGUAUAACAAUUAGAGUGUAUAUAUAGGCACUAACUUUGAAGUGUUGUAGGCUUAUUUCAAACUAAAUUUGAUUAGUGCUUUGCUGAGAAUCACCACGGUUAAAAUGUCACUGUUUGGAUGCAAGUCUUCAUGUACGUGAGUAGUGUUCGGAUGAAUUGAUUUCUCUGUGCCCUGAAUUGCUGAAGUUUCAAAUGGUUA